GCGUUGUCUCCGCCGGGACGUAGCCUCGACCCUAACGUCGAUCAUUAAAUUAGCCUGACUCGCUCGUACUACCUGAGAACGUAGUUUACUCUCAAAAGCGACACUUGGCACUCGCAUGUAUGCACUUCAUCCGCCACAGCAUAGCCCAACCUGACAGUCUUUCUUUCAGCAUGACGAUGAUCUCGACUACCGAGCUCGCCCAGUUCAAGCGCUCGACGUCUGAUCCCAUCCAGAUUCCGGCUCGCGGUCGCAAGCUCCGCGUCGAGGACCAAGAGUCACGACCCAUGUCGCCCGAGCUCCUCUUCGAGAUGUCCCCGCCCACCUCCGAGUUCGCCGCCAUGCGCCUCCCCUUCGCGCCCUCGAACUCGCAAAACAUGGCCCCGCCUAUGGACGAGCCCCAGCCGCUCUACUCCUUCCCCUCGUUCUCGGCGCUCAGCCGCCGCAACAGUGCCAGCGGGAGUCCGACGCCGGAUCUCAAGCCUCGCGGGCGCGGACGACGCACCUCUUCAUGCGUGAGGCGUCCCUCGCUGAUGAGGCGGCCGACGGGCGAGGGCAACACGCUCGUGCGGACGGCGUCAAUGAACAAAAACGGCGGGUUUACGCCCAUUGUAUGCCCUGAGCCGCGCCCAUACCGCACGCGGUACCCGCUCUAUCCAAUGCACACCGACUGCUACUCGCCGCCGCCGCCAACGUCGCCUCCUGCUGUGCCCUCGCCUGCAGCCGUCACAUCGCCGACCUCCCCCACCCUCACGCCCUCGCGGUCCAUGGCCGCCUCGCCCCCGUGGACCUCGUCGCCCUGGUACCUUCCCGGCCGACAGGACUCGAUGCCAGGCGAUGACGCGGAGUCGACCGACGGCGAGCCCUUUGUGGACUUCCGUGAUUACCUGCUGGCGUGUAUUGAGAAUGGGCGGCCCCUGCGGUCGAGGCGAGGGGCAGGUGGGGCGUGGUGAACAUGUAGCCCCAGGCUCCUAUGGGUAGUCCCAUACUCUUGUGAACGAGUCGUUGAUGCCUGGUCGCACUGGCUUUGUCUCGGUCUGGCCGCGGCCCACGUCUCGUCGCUCGUCUUGCGCCACGCUUCAUCGCCGUCUUGCGCCACUCUUCUUCGCACGUCUGGCUCUUCUUCG